GUUUCAGCAUCCACACUGUCCAACUGUUGAACAACUCCGUAUCCUGGAACAGACCCUGUCAAGCAUACUGCCGCAACUACCGUCCUGACCAGAAGCUCCUGGUACCUCGAACCACUCAUCUCUUCAACCAACGCAUCCUGACUCGCUUCUCAAUCUGGCAGCCUUCGCAUUCCAGCACGCUCUGCAACGCCUCGAAGCCGAGCGACGAGCUCGCUCUUUAGCAGACAUGGGCGACCUACAAUUCGCCAAACAGUUCCUCACCUCUCUCGACAACAAGUCUACAAAGUACCAAGCAGACCAUGUCUUCGACCCAAAAACAUACCAGAUGCGGAUCCCUUAUACGUUGCCCAAACUCUCCUGCCCACCACACCCUCUGCCACCCAAAACGAAGCCUGCACCCGCGCCCGCGCCAGGCUCCGAAUCGGCGAAACCAACCGUCUCCCUCACCCUCAAAUCCGCAAGGAACCCGAACAUGACUCUCACCUUGCCCCAGAUUGAUCCAAGUAGUACCACAGUCCAAAGUCUGAAGGAGCAGAUCCAAUCACACCUGGGCGGUUCCGGCGUCGUACAGAUCGAGAAGAUAAAACUAUUGCUGAACAAGAAACCCAUUCCGCCUUCGAAGAAGACCGUCGCGGAAGCGCUAGACGACAAAGAGGCCAAAGGAAAUAUCGAGCUCGGCGUGAUGAUCAUGGGUGGUGCGCCCGACCCGCCGCCUCAGCUUCAGGUGCCGCCUGCGGAAAUGGCAGGCGCGCCAGGGAGCGAGAAGGCUGCUGUUGAAGCGGAGAGCAAACCGACACCCAUGGAGGGAGUGGAGACGCAGCAGGCUGAGUCAGGAGCGCCAGUACAACCUGGCCAAGCGAGUGGCGAGAGUGUGCUACAGACGGAUGAGUUUUGGAACGAUUUGCAGGGUUUCUUGGAGCAGCGGAUACGCGACCAGGGCGAGGCUGUGAGAUUGAGGGGGGUAUUCGAACGGGCGUGGAAGAGUGGGGUUUCAAGGCCUUGAUACAAGGGCAAGGCAAAGAUUUACCUGUUGGAAUUUUUACAGGAACAAGCUAUCAUGGAUGUGUCAGCUACGGGUUGGCUGACGGCAUGGACUUCGUGGGUUCUGUGUCGCCCUGCUCAACAUAUUGUGGCGGUUCUCGAACCGUUCGCAUCACCUAGAGGAAACAUACAAGGGACGGUCCUGAAAGUGAUCCACGUCAGUGUAUUAUACAGUGCAAAGUACCCACAACCGUCCUGUCACACAUUGACCAUGACCGAGCAAGUGCUCUCAGAGACUCGGGACAUGUGGAUAUCGAGGAUUUUCGUGUUGUGAUAAAGACCCUACGAAUAUGACUCUGAGUUGCCCAAGAACCUUGAACUAU